AUGACGCUACUGUGCAAUCGAAAGGGACCCACUCUCUUCCCUGAUGCGCAGCAGGGCGUCCAGACACUUUCUCAAAUGCCGUUCUUGCUUUCUCACCUGGCGCAGAUCAAGACGAUCUACCCCGAAGCUUACGCGCUCGAAGCACGCAAGACGCAUCCUAAAGAAAAGUUGCUACACCCAUCGUUCCACGAGCGACUGGUGGCGUUCAAGGCGGAAGGCAACAUCGCAUCAUCAUCCACCUUCGAAGUUCCGCUUUCUCCCCUGCCAGAGGUCCCCACCGCUGCCUCCCUCGCCCAGGCCAAGUCUGCGAAGUCGAGCCACAACGCAACGAUGGAACGCGAAGAGCCCGCACCGGCCAGCGCCACCGGGCAAGAUGAUAUCGAAACCAACAUCAAAGCAGGCGCGACGAAAGCGAGAUUCCCAAGCAACACUAAGGAGGGACGUGCGGAGCGAUACGCCGCCGUGCUGCGACGAGUGAAGGAGCGCGAGGCUAAACUGGCCGCAGCAGGCAGUGCCGAGGAGCAGAAGGAGGCCUUCUUGUUCAAGUCGCUCCCUCAGCUCAACCUCGUCUUGCGGUCGCUGUUCGUGGUCAAGAAGUUCAAGCCCAUCCCGCUCGACGAAGCUUUGGUCCAACUAUGUUCGUCCUAUCGCGAUGCCUUCGGCUUGUCCGUGGAGCGGCAGGACGUGGAGCGGAGGCUGAAGAUGCUCAAGGAGCUGAUGCCGGACAUGCUGCAGACGAAGGAGGGCAUGGACCGCAAGGUCUUCCUCGUCCUCCCGCGCGGGGCCAUCCCCGGCGAUCGCCUCCAGGCCGCCAUCGACGCCAAGCAACAACCACAGGACCAGAAGAUGGCGAUCGACGCCACCGUGUCGAAGGCGUGA